CAAUUCUGAUUCUGGAAUUGUGACAGAUUGUCAAUUUGUCUGUUUCCCGAAAAAUACAAAAAUCUUAUCAAAAAAAUAAUAUAAAAUCAUUUUUGUUUUAAAAUUGUGAAUAAAAAUUAACGUACAUCUGUUUACACAAUUUCAUUUCUUAUUCAUUUAUAAUUUCUCAAAUAUUUAAAAUAUAACCUUAACAUCUUAGUAGAUACUUGAGUCAGACAGCCGGUUGUUAAAUAUAACAGCCAGAACAAUAUUUUACAAGCUUUAGAUCCAAAGCAAGUUCUAGCCAGAUAAAAUGGCAUUCCAAAGAUGCGUGCUACACCUAUCAAGACAAUACAUAACAAAGAAUUGCUUACUGCAGUCGGCAAACAAACAGAAAUACACUAGCACUCAAUUCAACCAACAAUAUAGUACUAAACAGCCAAGAUUGUUCUCCGACAGACAUGAAUGGGUUAUAAUUGACAAAGAUAUUGGAACUGUAGGCAUUAGCAAAUACGCACAAGAAUCUCUAGGUGACAUCGUCUUCGCACAGUUACCUGAACCAGAAUCUAUGGUGCAUGAAGGAGAAGAAUGUGGAACCCUCGAGAGUGUGAAAGCAGCUAGUGAAAUAUACUCACCCAUCAGUGGUAUCAUCAGGGAAAAGAAUGUCGAAGUAGAAAGUAAACCAGGACUUAUAAACACUAACUACUAUGACAAAGGCUGGUUAUUCAAAGUAGAAAUGACUAACGCUGAGGAAAUACAAAACUUAAUGACAGAAGAACAAUAUAAUAAAUUCCUUGAAAUGGAUUCUGAAAAUAAAGAGAAAGAUGAAAAAGAAAAGGGUGUGGACGCAUAGUUGUACAUUUAAAAUCUUUAUUUGUUUAAUUUAUUAACUGUUACUAGAGAUAGUAUGUUGUGUUAUUUUAGUGCAAUAACAAAUUUUGUUACAAUUUUAAGAUUUAAAUGAAAACAACAAACCAAUA